AUGGCAAUAGGAAGUGGUAACAACAAUAAUGGAGGAGAGCUGAGUGAGGUUGUGAAGCAACUGGUAGUGGUCGCCCAACAGUUAGCAAGGAACUCGACCAACAAUGGAGAUGCUCAGGGAAAGCUAUUCAAGAAGGUGGCACAAAGCAAGCCACCAACCUAUCAAGGAGAGCCUGAUCCAAUAGAGAAGGUUAGGGACAAGUUUUAUCCUAGCUUCUUACAGAAACAAAAGACUGAGGAGUUUGCCAAUUUAGCAAUGGGAGAAAUGUCAGUGACUGAGUACUACACCAAGUUUAUUGAACUAUCACGAUUUGCCAAGGAGUCUGUUGCUACAGAAAAGUCAAAGGCUAGGAAGUUUGAGAGUGGAUUGACUACUGAUUUGCAACUAAAGUUGUGUGGACAAGUGUUUGACACCUUAGAUGAAGUGUAUGGGAGAGCUGCACACCUUUAUGCGUUGGAGUUAAAGAAAAAGAAGGAGUUAGCUGAGAUAGAAGGGAAGGAAAAGAGAAAGGAGGUGGGGCAAAACUCUAGAAACCCGCAGGGUAACCAUAAUAAUUUUAAGAAGCUGAAGUACCAACAUAACAACAACAACAACAACAACAACAACAACAACUUCCACAACAACAAUUUCCAGGGUAACAAUUGCCAAGGUGGGCGAAACUUUAAUGGUGGAUCUAGGAACUCUAACCAAGGAAAUAAUAAAGGACCAAUGCAUUUCUACUGCAAGAGGUGUAGGACGACCACCUUGGGAAAUAAUCAAGGAGGGGCUCAAAGGAACUUUCAGGGAAACAACAACUAUUUAGGGACUAAGGGGACACAACAGAAUGGAGCGAAAAGCAACAACAUUAGGAAUAAUCAGGUGAAGAGUGGAGCUCUAGGAAAACUCAACGUGAUGAGUAGGCAUGUGGCUGAUUCCACGAAGGAUGUUAUCACUGGUACCUUUUCUAUUAACUCUAUUCCUGUUAAAGUUUUGUUUGGUUCUGGUGCAACUUUUUCUUUUAUUUCAAAGGCCAUUGUUUCAAAACUAGCACACUGUUUGAAACCGUAG